GACAGAGACAGAGACAGAGACAGACAUAGAGAUAGAGAUAGAGAUAGAGAUCAUCGUUCACGCUCAAGUGGUCGCCACCACCGUACUCGUUCGACAAGUCCCGAUAGAGACUCCCGUAGAGAGAGUGGUGUGCGAAGGAAACGUAAUGAAUUUGGAGAGUACGAGCCUUACAAGAGCAGUACAUCAAGCUCAGCUAGUACAAGUCAUCGUCACGACAAUGAAUCUCGUCACAGUUCACGUCGACGGAGCCGUAGUCCCAGACGUUCAAGCCCAGCAGCAGCAACAGCAGGAGGAUCAGGACGUUCGAGCCGUUAUCGAUCACCUGAAAGAUACUCUGACAGACGCCGCAGAUCUUAUUCAAAAGAUCGCUAUUAAAUCACGGGUCCCAUAAAAAAAUACAUCAACAACAACAACAACAACAACAAUAACCAUAACAAUAAAACCUUCUUUUUUCUUCUUCUUCUUCUUCUUCUCUUCAUCAAGUAUUUUGUUAUUUUU